GAUUCCCUAAUCCGCUUUUACAUAUAUGCAUCACCACAUGAAACCUCCCGCCGCCUACCUUUGACAAUGGGCUUGCCAUAUUCGAAGCAAAUCCACCACGCGUUCGACCAAGUCACGCCUCUCGUCGUCGCCGGGUUCAGAGUUCUGGAGACGAGCCGGGACAUCGCCAUCCUGGUGGCCCUCAUCCAAGUCGUGACGUGUCUGCUCCUGGCCGUCAUCCUGCUGGCGGCGCUGGCGCUACUUAUCACGGUGAAUCCGGAUCUCGAGCCGGAGCGCCAAGCAAUCGUCACGCCCGUGAUAAGAUGGCUCGCGUCUUGGGUGAGCUCCCCAGAGGACCGAAAAUGGCUGGAAUUGGUCGUGUUUGUGGUCUUGGGCGGGGUGUUCCUCGGGUCCUGGGCAGGCUACUACGUGAUGCGGGACCCGGUUGUGAUCCAGGAGGAGAGGAUUGGCGAUACGGUGGCGGACCAGCUGGCUGAGGAAACAGAGCCGGGUGCAGCAUGAUAAUUAAGGGGCUUAACGAGGUACGGGAGGACAACCACGAGCAAUCAUGUUCAGAGCUUCGGAACUCAUGUUGCACAGCGUUCACCACGAAGUUUUGGUGCGGGUGAGCCGUUGGUGCACCUGUCUCGCCUAUGUAUUGCGACCCUCGGAUAUGGCAAGCCGGCUUGCAGAUCAUGAGAGGCGAUCCUGAGGUUCCCCUCCGUCUGUUUGCACCAACUUGUUCUAGCCUCCCCGCGACGUCGCCAAUGUCCUCGGGUUCGCGUUUGUUGUUAACACUUGCAGAGACUGGAAAGGCCGCGGCUGAUUAGUUACCUCAGCCGCUUCUAGGCGAAAUACAUUUUGG